AUGCACCUGCAUCACAACCUACAACCCCCUGUUUUUGUGAACGAUAUCAAUAUGACCACUCUAUCCCCACCCGCAUCAGCAGAGCCCGCGCCCCCUUGGCGAGAGGACUACACAUUUAUCUGCCAUAGGUAUAGAAAGCCGAGGCUAGAGGCAGAGGAAUACAUCAAGCGGCACAGCGAGCAACUCGAGAAGGAAGUUCUGGGACAUAAGUAG